GUGCGUCCUCUCAGUCUCUCACUAUGUCUUCUCAUUGAUGGUCGACUUCAUCCGUUGUAGGAGCCAUAAGCCGUUUCUCUAUAAUUUCCUACAUCCCAUUUUCGUCCCUUCGCUUUCAGAUAAUAACAGAAAACAGGAAUUAGGAUUUAGGAGACUUGUAGCAAUCAGAUAAUGUUCCGUUGUAGCAGUCUUUAGCAACUUCGUUCGCCGGACGAUGGCUUUCUCGUCAGAAGACUCCUUCUUCCUUCUUCCGAGUCCUCAAGCAAGCUAACAUCUUUCCCAUCGUCGAAUUGCACAUCUUGGUAGAGUCUGGCAAAUGGCAGAAGUUUCUCUCAACAGUGAGCCAGCAGUAGAUGAUGAUGCUGAUGGAUUUGAGAUUGAAGGGGAUUGUGGAAUGGCAGAUUUUGUAAGUCAAACUGGCAUAAUCCAAGGGGAGAACCCACUUCCUCCUGCUGUUGGAAUGGAAUUUGAGACUUAUGAGGAUGUAUAUUAUUUCUACAAUUGCUAUGCCAAGGAUCAAGGAUUUGGGGUUAGAGUAAGUAAUACUUGGUAUAGGAAGAGCAAGGAACGUUACAGAGGAAAACUCAGCUGCAGUAGCGCUGGGUUCAAGAAAAAAAGUGAAGCCAAUCGUCCAAGACCUGAAACAAGAACUGGUUGUCCCGCAAUGAUAAAGUUCAGGCUGAUGGAUUCCAAAAGGUGGAGAAUUAUAGAAGUGGAGCUUGAGCAUAAUCACUUGAUAAGCCCAACAAGUGGGAAGUUCUACAAAUCUCAUAAGCGCCUGGGUUUGGGGACCAAAAGAACAUUGCAGUUAGACAGUACCAAAGAAGUUCAGAAAGUUAGGCUAUUUCGAACUGUGAUUAUUGAUGGUGAGGCUAAUGGAUGUGGAGAUGUUGAUGGAGGACAACCCAAAUGCAAAGCUGUAUGGUCCAAUCAAUUGAAGCUGAAUAAAGGUGACGCAGAGGCAAUUCUAAAUUUUUUUAGUCACUUGCAGUUAACAGAUCCACACUUCUUCUAUGUGUUGGAUAUCAAUGAGAAGGGAUGCUUGAGGAAUUUGUUUUGGGCCAAUGCAAGGUCAAGAGUAGCAUACAAAUAUUUUGGUGAUGUAGUUGCAAUUGAUACUACAUGUUUGACAAGUGAGUAUGAAGUUCCUUUGGUUCUAUUUCUCGGAUUAAAUCACCAUAAACAAUCCAUUCUGCUUGGUUGUGGAUUGAUUGCUGGUGAAACCAUUGAAUCAUAUACCUGGCUGUCCAGGGCAUGGCUUACUUGUAUUUUAGGACGCCCUCCGCAAGUCAUUGUUACUGACCAAUCUGGCAUCAUGCAAACAGUGGUUGCUGAUGUUUUUCCAAGAGCUUCCCACUGUCUUUGCUUAUCCAAUAUUAUGGAAAAAAUUCCAGAAAAACUGGGGGGGUUGCUAGAAUAUGAAGCAGUGAAAGCAGCAAUUAGUGGAUCACUUUAUUAUUCUCUGAGGACUGAGGAAUUUGAUGCAGCUUGGGAGGACAUGAUGCAGCAAUAUGAAAUUAGAGGUCAUGAGUGGCUUCAAGCAUUAUACGAGGACAGGAAACGGUGGGUCCCAGCUUAUGUGAAGGAAACCUUCUUGGCAGGGAUGUUUCUUACACAACCGAGUGAUGCCACUCCAUGGUUUUUCGAGGGCUACUUGUAUAAACAAACUCCUCUAAAGGAAUUUUUGGAAAAAUACGAUCAAGCUUUGCAGACAAAGAUGCAGCAUGAGGCUCUGGCAGAUUUGGACUCAAAAAAUUCAAGCUUUAUGCAUAAACCAAGUUGUUAUUUUGAGUUGCAGAUCUCAAAAUUGUACACAAAUGAACUAUUCAGAAUGUUUGAAAGGGAAAUAAAAGGUAUGUACUCCUGUUUAAGCACCAGAAAGAUAAAUGUGGAUGGUCCAGUGAUCUCAUACAUCAUCAAGGAGCAAGUUGAAGUUGAAGGAAAUCAGAGAGUUACAAGAGAUUAUGAGGUGUGUUACAAUGGGUCUGAAAUGGAGGUCAUUUGCAUGUGUGGUUUGUUCAACUUUAAAGGAAUCUUGUGCAGGCAUGCACUAUUUAUCUUAAACCAGAAUGGCAUAGAAGAGAUCCCACCUCAGUACAUUCUUUCAAGAUGGAGAAAAGAUCUGAAGCGAAGUUAUGUUAUUGAUCACAAAUCUAGUGGCAUUGAUGUAAAUAACCCAAUUCAUAGGUAUGACCAUUUAUAUAGACGCAUGGUGCAGGUUGUGGAGGAAGGUAGGAAAUCGCAUGACCAUUUUAGGACUGCUGUGCAAGCAUUGGAUGAAAUGUUGAACAAACUUAAACGUGUAAAUUUAGAGGACCAUGCAAUAUAGAAUACAAAGAUCGAUGCCUGUUUUGAGUGA